AUGAUUAAUCCAGUCACCCUCCCAAUCUACACACACCUCAUCCCAGCACUCAUCCUCCUCGUCACCCCCAUCCCAAUAACCCCCCUCCCAAACCUCCUACUCCUCCCCCCAACAUCCCAAACCCUCACCCUCCUCCUCUCCACCCUCUACCACGUCCACGAAUACAAAUCCCCACAAACAUCAUCUACCUUGUACCUCCGUCUCGAUCAGCUGGGUAUCAUCCUCCUGAUUGUGGUGAACUCCAUCACGGGGAUAUAUUUCGGCUUCUAUGAGGAUACAUCCAUAAGGGAUGGGUAUAUGGUAUUAAUAUUCAGUCUGUCUAUAUUCCCAAUAACAACACACCUCCUCCUACCAUCCCGAUACACAUCAUCCCCCGAAUACAAUACCUUACGGAUUAUAUCCCUGACAGUGCCCGCCCUAUCGGCAGUCAUACCCAUAUUCCAUGGGUAUCUCCUCCACGGCGGAGAAUAUCUCCUAUCUGUCGGGGUGGGGUGGUAUAUCUCUGAGGGGGUGGUGGUUCUUUUGGGUGUUUUUGUGUUUACCUCACACGUUUCCCCGAGCGGUGGUAUACUUCAUUCCUCUGGACGGAGUUUCCAUUUCAUGGGUGUCAUGCAGGCUGUACGGUUCUGGUUUGAAUGA